AAUACAAAGUCAGUCGUGUUGCGGCCGAGCCUAGCCAAGUCACAAAUUAAUUUACGACUGUUUGCGCCACAGUGGUUUGCGCAGUUUGCGCUAAUUUGCGUGCUUUUACUGCCGCACUCGGCUCUUUGAUAAUGGGAAUAAGAUAAACGGUCAAUUACUUACUCUGUAUCUCAGAAAACGACGAAGAUAGUACACUUUUGGUAUUGUCAGCCAUUUGUUCUCUCCGCCCUGGUAUUCACGAGGGAGGCUCGUGAACGUUGUCUACUGCGUGCUAAAUGCAUGUUCGGAAGACACCAAAGACAGAAGAAGCAUUUAAUAUUUAAUUAAUAUUCGUGCGGACGGUGCGGGACCAUCGAAAUGGCCUUAAACAGGGCACUCGCCGUCCUGCUGCAGCGUACAGGCUACAAAAACAGCUUUGGCACAGGGCUACGAAGGAACAUCAUCACUUGCCAUGAAGUCGUUCGUCCAAAAACAACCGGCGAAGUUCUCGAUGCCCUUAAAAGCCACGUUGGAUACACUGGUGACCACCCCGCAUUUGCGUCGGGUUCACUGCCCAAGCUUCCGACGUCACAAGACGAGCUACCGCCAAGGUCAAUGCGAGACAGCUACGACGAGUGCAUCAUCCCGUUGGCCACGUCGCUUCAGGUACAGAAGAGCCACAUCUCGGCGAGUGGCAUUGUUCGCUUUGGCCGCAUCCUCGAAGACAUGGACGUGUUUGCAGUCUGGCUCUGCUACCGGCACCUGCAGUACCCGGGCAUGAGCUUCGGGGUGCCCAUGCCCGUGAAUGUGGUGACGGCCCUGGUGGACAACAUCCACAGUGAGAGCAUCGAGUUCCCCACCCACUUUGACAUCAAGCUGCGGGGACACAUCUCCUGGGUGGGCAGGACCUCCCUCGAGUCCACCAUGGAGGUGCUUCUGUUGGCUCCAGACGAGACUCCAAAGAUGCUGACGGCAAAGUUUGUCAUGGUUGCAAAGAAGGCCUCGUCAAAAGAGGCAGCAGUUGUCAACAAACUGGUGCCCAGCAAUGCCGAGGAAGAGGCCAUUUUUCAGAGGGGGGAAGCGAGCGUCCAGAGGAGGAAGGCGUUUCAAGAGCAGAGCAUUCUCAAGGUGCCCCCAAACAGGGAAGAGAGGAUGCUGCUCCACAAGCUCUUCCAGGAGAACUUUGACCCAGAGACUUACAUCCUGAAGUCCGACGAGUGUCCUCAUGGCGCCAUCUGGAUGCAUGACGCCAAGCUGACCAACGUCAUCAUCUGCCAACCAGAGUUUGAGAACCUGUACAACAAGGUGUUUGGAGGGUUUCUGAUGCGGAGUGCUUAUGAGCUGGCCUGGAGUACUGCCUACCUGUUGAGCGGAAGACGUCCCAGACCCUAUCACACCGACGACAUCUGGUUCAGGAAGCCCGUUGAAGUAGGAUCCUUGCUGCACUACGAGGCACAGGUUGUGUACACGAGGGAGAACUUCAUGCAGCUGAACGUCAAUGCGACGGUGAUCAACCCAAACACUGGCAGGAAGGAAAUCACCAAUGUGUUCCACUUCACCUUCCAGCUCGAUGGCGAGGGUCCUGCGCCCAGAGUGACUCCAAAAUCUUACCCGGAGAGCUUGCUUUACAUCGAAGGGCGACGGUAUCUUGAAAUGGCCAUGGCCAUCCCGGAAAAGAUUGAUCCCAGCACCAUCCCCGAUUCCAGGCCAACAUAACCACUCAGAACACCACUGUCUCUGAGGGAAUCUCAAGUAUAAGUGUUGUGACCAUUUACAGAGAGGUUGAAGAUGUGAUAACACACUCUAACCAAAGCACUGCUCUGCUGACAAAGCUUGUAAUUCUGAAGAUCAAAGCUGUACACAAGUCUGCCUCAAAAGUCGUAUUGAGGCUGACAUACUAUUUGUAACUAUAGUAUUGCACACUGCACCAAUCAUUAUUUAUGACCUGGUUGUACCAGGCAAACAGCUCGACAACUCUCGGAUGCCAGAAACACACCUUCGGAAAGUUAGGAUCUCAACUCUGUUUAACCCUUAUUUCUUUUAUAGUCUGGUGGCAUUGCUUACUUUACACCAGUUAACUUGCACCCUAACCUUGUAUAAGGUUACAAAAAACAAGUGAAGAAAUCGAGUUAUGUCGUUAUGAAUAAUUUACAAGUUUCCGUAGUGAAGCGGACAAUAUGUUGUGUUAAACGUCUGCCUCUCUGUUCUGCUGCGACAAUUCGGCUGCAAGUAGGGUAUAUACUUUUCGGUGUUUAUUUAUGACAAAAAUCGGCGGCUGUUGUGGUGUAAUCAGUGUUUAUUCACCAAUACCGAUGGUUUUCGGUGCAUUCUAUCAUGCACACACUAAAAACUGUGAUUAUCGGGGGAAAAAGAGUUGCGAAUGUAAACUACCUCUGAAGAAGAAAGUGACCAAAUUUUAUUUAUAUCUUUUAGAAAAUCUCUUUCACGCUUGAUUAUUGUAGUAUAUGAAUGCAUACAUUCCUGGGCUCGUGUCUGCCACUUACACUCGCUCCCUCCUGUUAACGACGUGCAAUUUCAAGAACGCCCGCUCAACAUUUGCGCUGGACACGGGAAGCCCCAAAACGUCCAACGAGGUUUGGGACGGUACUGCAGGCAGCUAAGAGUGGCCUCUCCGGCCACUGAUAGUGAUCUAGCUCAGCGGCCCAGGAGGCCCACUGAUUUUGGAGAACAGUGGAACAAAGCUACUGUCCUCCAAGACCCUGUAGGUCACAAAAGAAAGACAGUCAAAGUGCAUGAUUCCGGGUAAGAUAAUGUUUGACAGAAGUUUGCUUUCUAUUAAAAAACACGUUGCUAGAAAAAAAAAGAAAAAAAAAAUUAGAAACCAGUGUUUUUUUUUUAACAAUUUUUAUCUCUGUCACCACAAAUGUUUAUUGAUGUUUGGUUAAAACUGGAAAGUAUGCAGGACUUUUUGGUGAAAAAAACCAGCGCUUGCUCAAAAAUAUGAAAAAAAAAAAAAACUUUUUCAGUUUUAGCAGAUUUUGUAUAUCCAACACCGGCGGAUGUUUAUCGGUUAAAACCGGAAAGUAUACAGCCUAGGAAAUUUCUUGAGUUUGCAAGUAGUGAAUGUUUAUAUGAAGUACAGAGACUUUAAAGUAUUUGUGAAAAAUAUGCAUGUACGGAUCUGUGUUGUUGGGUGCUCUUUAUACACUCCCAGGAACAAGGGUUUGCAUCUGCUCAUUACCGACACUGAGGUGUGCCGAUUUGCAUAUAGAAGGUUGUUUACGAGGUAAAUAAUCAUCUGCAGAAAGCAUCAACUGGUUUCUUCGUAUGCAAGUAAGAUGGGCUUUACUGCAAGCUGUUCUGAGAUGAAAUGCGCUUGCACCUCUUCCCUCUUAUUUCAAACAUGGUAUAUGCGAGCCCUUUUGUUAGAACAUUACUGAAAAUAAUGCAAGCAAAAUGUGCUUGGCAUGGGGCAUAGCACUCUUUUGUGUCUGGAGGGAGAGUUUGUCAACUGUUUGCCAGGUGAAAUCAGGCCACACCAAACAUGUUUUGCUACAUUGCUGUUUUAUAAUAUAUGCUGUUAUUGUUGG